AACAACCAAGCUCAUGACACCUUACCUCAACAACCUCGAGGAAAAAAGACUUUCACCAUUUCCACAAACUUUCUCUCUUGGCUCCAGAUCUACAGUUGCAGUAAUGGAAGAUCUACCGGUUAAUUCAUCGCCGCUGAGCCCAGCGGAGCAAGCUAGAAUUCGGCGAGAGCGUCGCCAGGCUAAAGUCAAAGAAGGGGGAAGCUCAAGAUUGAAUCGCAUAACUGGGACACAGGGUCAAACAUUCCGCAACCAGGGUACGUUCAAACAAUAAAGAAAAGUGAAAAAGGAAAGAAAGAAAAAACAAAAAACCAUGACCACGAUAGUCUGGCAUACCCGAAUUAUCUCGGUCUCUCCCCUUAGUGUUGGUCGGGCCCUUUUUGUUCUGACCGGUAAUCCGAGAUGCAGAAACCUCCGUGGCUCGCCCGGCUCAGGAAUCUACCCCGGACCCCCCCGACGUCGACAUCUCCGUACACCACUACGAGCCAAAAGCUCGGCAGCAGGAGCGAAUCGGAAGGGAGGAUAUAUCUGCUGGAAUGGGACCACCGCCGUCGUUUAGGAGCAGUCCCCUCGCCGAUACGCGGGGGCUGCAGGAUCCUCUUUUCGGUGCUGGCGGUGAUCUGUCGGAUCUGGAUCUGGGACGGUUGAUGAUGGAGAAUAACAUGUUUGGCAGUCAGGUUGGCGGUGCGGGGAGCGGUCGGGAGGAUCCGAUGCUCCAGAUGAUGCAGCAACUUAUGGGCGGUGCAGGGGGACUCGACGGGGUGGGCGGCCCGGGGGGUCUGGGCGGUCCGGGGAUGGGUAUGGGUACGCCCCCUCCGGAGAUUCAACAAAUGCAGCAGAGGGAGCAGUCGUGGGGGAUGCGGUGGAAGGCAUUACAUGUGCUGGGGAGUUUGUGCCUGGCCGUCUGGGUCCUGCGGGGAACUGACUGGAGCUUCACUGGGUCUGCGCUCGAGAGAGCCGAGUCGGCCAAUAUGACUAGAGAGGAGGCACCGGUAAUCAUAACGUCCAUUGCAUUACGCGGACUGGUUUUGUUUUGUUGGUUUGCGUGUGCGCUAACUUCCCUCUUUUUAUAGCCCAUGUUCUGGUACUUUGCCACUAUGGAGUUAAUCCUGCAAUCUUCUCGCUUCUUCCUUGAAAAGGUAGAGAGAGACUCCUUCUACCUCGUGGGUGGUUGUGUUAUCUCGUAUCCGUUGCUCAUAUGCUCUCUUUUUGAUGUGUCUAGGGUCGUCCUCCUCCGGGAUCUUGGCUUACUACGAUUGGAGGCUUCCUCCCUUAUCCGUUCGGAACCUUCCUGACCACUAUCGCUCGAUAUAGUGUGAUCUGGACUACCCUCAUUGCUGAUGCUGGCGUACUUAUAUUCUGUCUCGGCAUGGUUUCUUGGUGGAAUUCUUAAUUCCUACAUCCCCUUAUGUGGGACUUAUUAUACCUUUUAUUCCCUCUCACUAAAAGCCGCUACGCAGCGUUGCGAACGCCUUAUGUAGGAUAGCUAUCAAAGAUCAUAGUCGUAGGGAAUAA